ACGUCCUUUUUCAGGUUUAUGGAGUUGUACGAAGCAGCAGAAAUCCACACUUGGUCGCUGACUACGACCAAUGAACCAAUUAACGGGAUUGUACCAUUCGUAGAUUUCAACUCGCUGGGAUGGUUCCCGUCUGAUUUGGGUCGUUGGGUGGCACAGUACCUUGGACCGACUAUCCGGAACUCUCGCUUCAACGAUACCUUGAUAUUUGCAGUUGAUGACCAAAGAUAUCUUCUACAUGUUUACUUAAACGGGAUGGAGCGAGGUGACCCAAAUGUGAUGGAUUACGUGGACGGUAUCGCUGUUCACUACUACGGCAACUUCGCGCCGGCAUUACUACUGGACGAUGUGCACCGAAGAUACAACAAAAUGUUACUCGCCACUGAAGCCUGCGAGGGUCCAAUGCCCUGGGAUAUCGCACAAGUGAAAAAAGGUUCCUGGGAACGAGCCUAUCGCUACACUAAAAAUAUUAUGGAGGAUUUGAAUCAUCACAUGGUGGGUUGGAUUGACUGGAACCUUUGUUUGGAUGAAAAGGGAGGGCCAAACUGGGCAUACAACUUUGUUGACGCUCCAAUUCUAGUGUUUCCAGAAAACGAUGAAUUUAUUAAACAGCCAAUGUUCUAUGCAAUGGGACACUUCUCUAAAUUUAUACCAAGAGGAUCACAACGAAUUACAGUUUCCGCAAGGAGCAUUGCUAGAAUAUCUAAUGUUGCAUUCAUAACACCCCAGGGCAAUAUUGUUAUGGUGCUGCAUAACACACAAAUAACAGAUACCAAUGUUAUAAUAAGGGUGACCAGCCAACGGACAAUUGAACUUAUAGUUGAAGCAGAGUCAAUUAAAACUAUUGAGAUUAAUCCCAACUAAGUGUAAUGUAAUAAAAACAAAUAACUAUUUAUUAAAUAAACAUUUUCUAAUAUA